UCGCGGUCCUCAGUUGCGACUUGACCGCCGCGCGUGUUGUUUCCAUACGGAGUGUUUUCGUUUUAGCGGCGGUGAGCCCGACAGUACACAAAAAAUAGUUGUCUUAAGGACACCACUGGAGACUGAACGUCUUAAUUGGGUGUAAACAAAGUUUUUAACUAAUUACUAAAGUCUGGCAGCUUAAGUAAGCGCAAGAGACGUUGACAAAUAAUUUAUUUAAAAAUAGAGAGCAAGUUUAAAAUUUAAAAUUUAAAAAUAAAAAAAAAAGUGAAACGCGUGCCUGCAGCUACAAGUGUGACCGGUUGUUUUACUCAGUUGGAGUUGUCUUGUCAGUUGUUUUUAUUUUUGUUUUAUACUUUUAUUAUUAUUAUUUUUAACUCGUAAUCUCUUUGUUCCGAAUUUAAUUUAAGGCCGGGGGUGUUUUGGAGUUUGAGUGUUCGGAUCGUGCCAAGUACAGUUUGAUAUAAUAAUAAUAAUAAUAAUAAUUGUUUAUUACUGCUGACAGAGUUUAGUAUUUAGUGAUUGUUGUUGUUAUAAAUAUUUCAUUGUUGUGAAUACUCGGUUUGUUGUAAAAAGUUUAAAGUUUGUGAGAACGUUCAGUGGCCGAUGUUGGCGCGACGACGAGCCCCGAGUAAAGGCGUUUCUUCGGAAACAGUCGCGUGGUGGCUCUGGUGAACGCUUAUUAUAAUACACACGGGGGUGAUCGACCUGGUUGAUUAGCUUACCAACUUCGGGGAUCAUUUUCGGUCUGCCGCAGAUCGAAGGGCAGAAUGCCGAGCCACGGGUACGACCGCUGAUUUAUUGAAAGAGCCCAAGGGCUUUAAUAAAUACUUGAAAGGAUGCUCUUUCAAUUUAAAAUUUGGGCCUUGGUGGGCCUGCUGUGUCAGCAAGCACUUGCAUGGCCUCAAGACCCUGUGCCUCGACUUCAUAUAAAGCACCGCGAAGUAAUCGGGCAACGGUUCUUGGGCAACGAGAGUCACGUGGAGCACUUCAAACUUCUUGAACGAGCGCCGACUUUUAUCCUGAUUGGUGCAAGAAAUGCCAUUUACAAUAUCAGUCUUCACGAUCUCUCGGAAAUCUCUGAUCAGAGAGUUCAGUGGUCGAGUUCACAGGCCCACAGGGAGAUGUGUAAUUUAAAAGGUGCAAGUGAAGACGAUUGUCAAAAUUACGUACGAGUAUUUGGCCGUCAAGGGCCGAAUAAAUUCAUCGCUUGCGGCACCAACGCUUAUAAGCCACAGUGCAAGCAAUUUGUGCGCACGAACGGCUCUUACGUGGGUUCAGGAGAGAGUGAUGGCCUCGGCCUCUGUCCCUACGAUCCUCAGCACAACAGCACAGCAGUUUUCGCCGGUGGACAAUUAUACGCGGCAACGGUGGCUGAUUUUUCUGGCGGCGAACCGCUGAUACACCGACAAAAAAUACGAACAGAACGUUCAGAUCUCAAUCAAUUAAAUGGUCCGAACUUUGUUAGUUCGUUCGCGUACGGAGAUUACGUCUUUUUCUUUUACCGAGAGACGGCUGUAGAGUACAUGAACUGUGGGAAGGCGGUUUAUUCACGGGUAGCCAGAGUGUGCCAACAUGAUAAAGGUGGUCCACAUGCCUUUAGCGACAGAUGGACGACCUUCCUAAAAGCUAGACUCAACUGCUCAGUCCCAGGGGAAUAUCCCUUUUACUUCAAUGAAAUACAGUCAAUGAGUGACCCGACGGAGGGUUUUUACGCAGGUCGUCACGAUCAGUUGAUUUACGGGAUUUUUACGACACCAGUAAAUUCAAUUAGCGGAUCAGCAGUGUGCGCUUUUUCAAUGAGCAGUGUUCUCGACGUCUUCCAGGGUGCAUUUAAAGAACAAGAAACAAUAAACAGCAACUGGCUCCGCGUACUUCCAGAAAAAGUCCCAGAACCACGUCCCGGUGCUUGCGUAAAUGACUCAAGAACGCUUCCAGACAUAACUGUUAAUUUUGUCAAGACCCAUCCACUAAUGGACGACGCUGUGCAGUCGUUCUUCACCCUCCCCGUCCUCACCAAAGUCAGUUUCAAUUAUAGAUUCACGAGGGUUGCUGUUGAUCCCCAAGUUAAAGCUCUCGAUGGUAGAACUUAUGACAUACUUUACAUAGGAACCGACGAUGGACGAGUUAUCAAAGCUCUCAACACAAAAGCACCUGACUCGUUAGCAGAAGUGGGCCAAGUAAUAGUGAGUGACGUGCAAGUGCUCCGAUAUGGUCAGGCCGUCAAGGACCUCCAAGUGGUUCAUCUGGCCGGUGAAGCGAGCAAAUUAGUCGUUAUCGCAGACUCCGAGAUACGGGCAGUGCCGCUUCAUCACUGCGACAGCCCGGCAGCAGCAAACUCCUGCGUCGCCUGCGUCGCACUUCAGGAUCCGCAUUGCGCUUGGGAUGCCACGAUGGAUUUGUGCGUCGCUGUGCCAACUAAGUUACACGACAACGACGCCAGCAAAACCCUAUUCCAGGACAUUAUCAUUGGAAAGCACAAGGGAUGUGGAGUACAACAAGUGAAUGUUGACUUGGACUUGGCGAAGCCCGUGCCUCCAGCGAUGCCCCCACGAAUCGGGAUCGGCGAGCAGCCCGACGAACGUGACAAUGAAAUCGUCAUCGAAUUGGAUCGUGAAAAUCAGUACAGUCGAACUCAACCACGAGCUAAUGAACCUCAAGGAGUAACAGUUACGCCGGUUGUGUACUCAGCUCAAACAUUAACUGGUGCACUCAUUGGUACUUGCUUCUUCUCGCUGAUUGCCGGGUUUGCGUCGGGAUUUUGGUUUUCCCAACGGCUCCGUGGCGCGCCUUAUCCCGAUCCACCGGAGCAGCGUCAGCAACUUAACCGUCUGACAGAGAGCUCGGAAUCCCCAGCGGGUUUCAAUAACAAGUCGAUAAAUCUCGUGCUGAAUGUACCACCAAAAAACCCAAAUGGCAAAAAUGCCAAUAGUUCGGCUGAAAACAAGCCAAUGCAGAAGGUCAAGAAGACGUAUAUAUGAUACAGAAGACGACGAGCCGUUUGAGGCUUGCCCCCGCGCGACGGAACCGUGGCUUCAAGUUCUUCCGAGGCUGCCACCGAGUCGGAAAAUUCUUACAACAACGAUCACUACGAUUGCUACGAUUCGACAAUUAAUAAGCCGCCAAGUUCAAUAGCUACCCCAGUACCCCGUAGAAAUUCAUUACCUCCGGCUUCAACUGUCUCGUGCAGUAGCUCGGAAAUAGAUUUAAGACACAUAACAACUACUCAUCAUCAGACCUUUGAUCCGCCGAGUUACGAUUUAAUAGUAAAUCCCGAAUUUCUAACUGAGCGUAAUGAGGAAACACUUGAACUCAGCGGUAGAAUUUACAGUGAUCAGCGUUCCGAUACUGCAACAAGAUCAACAAGAGCCUCAACACCAGUACCACGAUCAAAAUUAACCGAAUCUUUGGAUCAUCUAGAUACCACUAGUUCACACCGUCGCAGACAUCACAAUUUACCACGUGGAAAAUCAGAUAAUAAAUUUGUUGACGCUUCCCGCGAGCACUACAUGGUUCCGACGCACGAGCCCAAUCGGCCGACAAGUGACAACCGAACCCUGUCGCUGUUUAAUCCAGAAUUUUUACCAAAUUUUAAUGAUAUGCUUAUGUACGUCGGACGACCAGAACUUUCAGAUCUCAAUUCAGUGUCCUUUCCCUGGAACUCCAGCGAGAUUCCUUACGGCGAUAAUAAUCCCUCGGUAAUUAUCACCGGCAAUCAUCCCCAUGUUGAACCUUCAAGAGGAUUUGGGAGUUGUAACGCGACUUCAUUAAGAGAAUCCAGUUACGCCAGUUUGAACACUAUCCAGGAUCGUUUUAACCACGUGACUGGUAUUUUGGAUAAGGAAAAAAAUUUAUAUGCCAGCGGUGGUGUCGCGAAACGACAAGAUCCACCAGCGACAGCUCCCAAAAGAGGGUGCAACACAAUCGAGUACAAUUGUUGAGUUACUAGUGUGUGUGGUAAGUUAAGCUUUAUUGUCCCCUGCGUAUUGAGUGGGUCGUGCGUCGUCGAUACAGCCAUUCUGAGAGUAAGAGAAAAAGAAAAAUAAAAAAUAAAAAACACAAAGUAAAUAAAAUAAAAUAAAAAAUAUAUUAAAUGAAUUAAGUACGAGUGGUUGGACAUCGAGCAAAUAAACGAUUUUAUUGUUAAAUGUGAUACGAAUGAACUGUGUUCUAGUAGUGGCCUGUUAGGUAUUUAGAUGAAGCUAAAUAAAUUUUUUUAAAGAUUAAAUUUAAAAGUAAAUAAAUAAAAAAUAAUAAAUACGGUAUUCGUUAUGCGUAUAAACAAUAAUAAGCAUACUCAGCUGAUGAGGCGUGCCUUCCAUGUAUUUUUGUUGGCGUUUUGCUGAAUAGAGGAAGAAUAAGUAAGGAAAAUAAUCGGAUGAUACGGUUUUAAAGAAAAGUAUAAAUACGUUGUUAGUUAAAGUUAGCAAGACUUACACUUAGACUAAGAAAGAUAAAUAUGUGAAGAUGCUUUUAAGGAUAGCUUCGAAGAUAUAGAUAGAGUUGAUUUGUACGUAUAUAAGUGUAAGCAGCUGGCGCAAGUUCAAUAUCGUGGGUAAUGAGAUAGCUGAUCGAAAGUAAAGCUCCGAGUUUGCUGAAUUAAAUGUGGAUAUUAGUAAUAUAGUCGGUUGUCGGAUGUCGAACGUGUGUGUAUAUGCAUAAGUUACAAUCAUGGAUUAAUGGUAAUUGGUUUUGCUUGGAUCGAUCGACCUGUACAGCCUAGAAGACUAUGAUGAUGAUGACGACGACGGCGAUCUACCCAAUGGCUCACUUCUAUUGGCGUAGGCUGGGGACUAGCCAACCGAAGUAGAGCUAAAUUGACUUUAACAUAUUAUGUAAAUAUAUUAUUAUACAUAUAUAAAUAUAUUUAAAGAGUUAUAAGUAUAAUUAAUUAAAUAUCUCGUCUUCGGUAAUUUUAUCUCGCCGGACAUUUGACCAUUAUUUAAACGUGUACAUAAAUAUUAUUAUUUUAUCCGGCGAGAUAGUCGAUAGGUGAGUGGAUAUAGGCAUGCGUAACCACUUUUUUGUACAUCGCUUAUUGAUAAAACCGCAUUUUACCUUUACCUUAUUCUUAUCCUUAUCCUUUUCCUUCUCCUUUUCCUUAUAAAGCCGCCUUCCUCUAAUCCUUUUAUUCCAGUAAUCCCGUGCUGCUGCGACUGUAUGGAAAUUUAUUAAAUAGUAUUCACAAAAGAUACAACCAGAAUAUGGCAGCUAUUUUACAUAUAUAUAUGUACGUAUAUAAAAGGGAGUAGCAAAAGAAUUAAAAGGCAAAAGUUUAAAAGGAGAAAUAAUAAUGAAAAAAAAAAAAAAACAUUACACGUAAAAUAAAUUUAUUGCAACAUCGCCAUGCUCUGGAUACCUGAAAGGGACAUAAAUUAUAAAUUUAAAUCCAUUCCCGUGGGGAUAUGGUGUCGCGCCCACCCUCAUCCCCUUUGGGUAUCUCAUGUUGAUUUAUCGAUUGUAAGUAGUUUAAUAAUGAAUGAAAGAUAUUAAUUAGAUUUGUAGAAUUUACCUAAAUUUAAAUUUAAAUAACUAACUAACACUUAAAAAAAAUUUAUUUCGGGGCAUAUUAUGUAACUAUAUAAAUAUAUAAAUAUAAAUGAAUAAAUAAAUAUAUAUUUGACUGUACAUGUAUAAAAAAUAAAUAAUCAUUUUAAUAUUAAAAUUUGACUACCCCGGAAUUACGUGUACAGAAUAAAAGUAUUUGAAAAAACGAUAAUUAAUUUAAAAUAAUAACGGAGCAUUAAAGUUGUAAUUAAUACUGAUAGCUCUCGAUUAGCAUGAUCGAGUAAUUUAUUAUUGAUGAUAUAUAAUGUAAUAAAAUAUUUUGUUAUUUUUUAAAUUAAUUUAAACUAUAAAAUUAUAUUAUCGCCUCGACGGUCAUUUGGAGUUUAUAAUCUGCUUGCAAUUAUUUACGAUUGCGUAGCAGGGAAAAAAUUUAAUUAUAAAAUACUAGUGAAAUUUUUCGACUAUACGAUUGUAUAAAUAAUAAUAACAAUAUUAAAUUAUAAAUAAAUAUUUUAUUUACACAAUUUAGAUUAGCUGGAUAUGCCGUAUUUCAUGAUCCGUCGAUCGAUAAUCUAUUGUUUCAAUUUUUAUUUUAUUAAACAAAACUAAAAAUAAUAACAAUAAAAUAUAUAUAUAUAUAUAUAUAUAUAUUUAUAUAUAUAUAAUCGCUACAUUCCAUUGAAAGCCAGGACUGCCAAUAGGUCGUUGCGGCAGCAACGUUCUUGCGCGAAAUUAUAUUUAAAAAAUGUUUAUUAUUAAAUUUAAACUCAUAAUAAAAUACUCGCGAUUAUUACGCUCAAGAACCAGCUGACGUAGUGCGAUCGCAAAAAAAUAAAUCUUUUAUGAAAAACCCUGAGUAAAUAACUGAAUUCGACCGAAUUAAAAAUUUUAAUUCUGCUCAAUUCUGUCGAAUUCUGCAAAACAGAAUUCAACAAAUUGAAAAUUUCAAUUCUUUUAAAUUUGGUACGACAGAAUUUUUAAAAAUUUAAGGAUAACUUUUGAAUUAAACAGAAUAAAAUCGAUUUAAAAUUUUUGAAUUGGUUUCAAUUCAAUUUAAUUCGGAGUCAGAACCAGAAAUUCGAGAAUUAUUUUCAAAUUAAACAAAAUAAAACCUAUUUAAAAAUUUUGAAUUGGUUUCAAUUCCAUUUAAUUCAGAGUCAGAACAAAAAAUUCGACGAUUAUUUUUGAAUUAAACCGAAUAAAACCGAUUUAAAAAUUAGGAAUCUGUUUUUAUUCAGUUUAAUUCGGAGUCAGAACCGGAAAUUUGAAAAUUAUUUUCGCAUUACACAGAAUAAAAACGAUUUAAAAAUUUUAAAUUAGUUUCAAUUCGGAGUCAGAACCAGAAAUUCGAGGUUUAUUUUCAAAUUAAACAGAAUAAAACCGAUUUAAAAAUUUUGAAUUGGUUUCAAUUCGGUUUAAUUCAGAGUCAGAAUCAGAAAUUUGAAAAUUAUUUUCGAAUUACACAGAAUAAAAACGAUUUAAAAAUUUUAAAUUAGUUUCAAUUCGAUUUAAUUCAGUCAGAACAAAAAAUUUGACGAUUAUUUUUGAAUUAAACCGAAUAAAACCGAUUUAAAAAUUAGGAAUCUGUUUUUAUUCAGUUUAAUUCGGAGUCAGAACCGGAAAUUUGAAAAUUAUUUUCGAAUUACACAGAAUAAAAACGAUUUAAAAUUUUAAAUUAGUUUCAAUUCGGUUUAAUUCGGAGUCAGAACCAGAAAUUCGAGGUUUAUUUUCAAAUUAAACAGAAUAAAACCGAUUUAAAAAUUUUGAAUUGGUUUCAAUUCGGUUUAAUUCAGAGUCAGAACCAGAAAUUUGAAAAUUAUUUUCGAAUUAAACAAAAUUAAACCAAUUAGAAUGUUUAAUUCAAUCGAAUUCAGUUGUUUAAUCAGAAAAAACUACUCGGAAAAAAAAAAAAUAAAUAAAAUAUUUUAGUGGCCUUUUUGUAGACGAUUUGUCUGUGCUUAUACAGAUCUCGCGCGGAGUUGACGAUUCGGAAUACAGAUAAUUAGAGAUAUAGAGAUUGAAAUAAAAUAAAAGUUAACAAAGUGAAGGGAAAUAUGAGCAGCAUUAUUCUAUUGACAUUUAUAAUUAUUAAUUGUAUCGAUGUGGACAAUAUCUGAUCAGCUUGGGUAAAAAAUAUUACAAUAACAAUAAUAAUAGUAAUAAAAAUAAAAUGGUAAAUGAUAUAAAUAUAUAUAGGAUAUGUGUACAACUGUCAAUUUAUUCAUCGAAAUAUCCAUUUUAUAAAGUCGAAUUUAUUGCAAUACAUACAAUAUUUUAGUUCAAUGCCGCAUUGCAUAUUCCGUACAACUACAACAUACAAAAUACAAUAAAAAAACAAAAAAUUUAUAUAUAAAAUGACGAUAGAUAGAUGAGAUAAGGAUAUAAGGCUCGAUGGCAGUCCAGGCACACGAUAUACGCUGUGCCAACAAAAAUAUAUUUUAUGUAAAUAGAUAUGCCAGUGAAACAAUAGAGACGCUCGUUCAAACAAAAAGUAUAAUUCAAACAUCAAACAAUAUGAGCAUUUAAAAAAUAAAUAUUUAAAUUUAACGAAUCAAUAGAGAAAAAUUGCUGAAUUAUUUACUGAACAAAUAAUAAUAAUAAUAAACGAUUCCAUUUAAAUUUUACCGCUAAAUUUGUUGGAGUAAUUACUGCUUGAAAAAUCACUAACUUUGUAAUGUCUACUAUUUUCUUUUCUGUUAUUUUUUUACUACAAAACGAUUCCUGAAAACGGCAACAACUAAAAAAUUGUAGAUAUAAUCGGUAGUUAAUGCAUCGAGCAUCACGUGCACAUAAUUUAUCAUCAAGACAUCUUUGCCCUGUUUUUUAAGGUAUUCUUUAUGCCAAGCAAUCAUGACAAAGCUAAUAAUAAUAAUAAUAAUAUUAAUAAUAAUAAUAAUAAUAAUAAUAAUGAAAUGCUAUUUGUGCGAUUUUUUUAUAUGUAACAAAUAAUUACAACAAUUAACUUGAUUAUAUUUAAAUUAACUAGGGGAGGGGGAGAUGCGUCCAAGACGUACUGUAAAUAUUUUAUUAUAAUUACUAGUUAAUAUAAUAUAUAUAUAAAUAUAUAAAAGAUUUUAAUUUGCGACAUAUGAGAAAAUAAAAAAUUAUUUGUAUUUCUUUGCCUAAAACGCGUUACGCAGUAAGACCUUUUGUUGAGUAGAAAAAUUUCCAUGUCAUUAAUUAAUAUUUUUAUUUUGUUUUUUUUUUAUAAUUAAUUAAUUAAUUAAUUAAAUAUGUUUAAGAUAGUUUACUAUAUUUUUUAAAGACUUUUACGCGCUUUAUGGAAUCUCAUUUACGUAGCCUCGUGAUCAUUAAAACUAUAAUAUAUAUUAAUAAUCAUGACAUUUAAGUAUCUACAUUAAACAUCCAUAUGUUUCUGUCUCCCUAUAUAUAUAUAUAAAUAUAUAUACAUUAUUUUUUAACAUAUGUUAAGUGUGAUUGAGGUGUCUGUUGAUUUAACUGAUAAAAAAAGGAAUAUGUAAAACUUCGCCGUUAAAAAAAAAAUGUCUGAAAAAAAUGUUUUGAAAUAAAUAAAAGAGAAAGUCAGGAAAAUGAAUGACAGAACUCCGCGCAAGACUGAAAAAGCUUGUACAUAAUGCGGAUACGCAUCAAUAUAUAUUUCAAUUAAAUGAAAUUAUAAUUAAUUAAUUGUGUAAUUAUUAUUAAUGUUAAAUAGACAAAAUCAUACCGCAGUCAUUUAAUCAAUUAAUUAAAAAGAUUUAUAUUAUUAUUUUUUUUUAUGUUAUUAUCUAUAAAAUAUUAUAAAUUAUGCGGCAAUAUAUAUGAAUAAUAAAAUUUUUCAUACUUAUUAAAUUAAAAUAUUUUAAUAAAUAUUAUAUAUAUAAUAUUAGGUAAAGUUUUUUAUUUUAUUUAACACUGAAAUUUAUAGUAUUUGUAAUGGAAUGUUAGGAGCAAGUUCAAAACAUGUAACAAUUAUUAUUAUUAUAAUUAUAUUAUUUUAUUAAAAAAUUUAUAAAUUAUUUUAAUGAUUAAAUGCCUGAGAUAUUUUUUUUAAAUUAAUUAUUAUUGUAAUUUUUAAAAAUCAUGUAACGAUGCCUAAUUUAGAUUGUAAACUGUAUGACUAGGGUAAUGCAAUUUAAAUUGCAUGCUCGUAUGAGUUAACGACAUUUAUAAAUGAAAAAAAAAAAAAAAUACCCUGAUACUCGAUAGGAAAUAGACGAUUGAGAUCAUUGUCACUAAUUAAUGUACUCCAAAACUAAACAAAAUAAAAAUAAAACGAGGCGAAAUAAAUAAGGCAAUUAUACAAUAAAAAUAAUAAAUUGUAAAAAAAAAAAAUAA